CACGUUUCAUUCUCAUCCACACUCUUCCCUUCCCCCUAGACGCCUCUCUCUCUCUCUCUCUCCCUCCCUCCCCAAAAAGCCACCUAAAUUUCUUCAUUUUGAGAGUCAAGACGCACACACGAAGAUUGAUAGAUAGUUGGGUAGAUAGAUAGAGAUUAAAGAGAGAGAGAGAGUGUUGGAGAGAGAUCUCUUCGUUCAUGGGCCUAAACCUUAGGGAGUUUGCUAUUACUUUUCUUCAGUUACUCGUUGUUCAUCAAUGGCCAAUCCUCACAGCCUCUUAGCUCCUCUGAUCCUUCACAGACUUCUACCCAUUACUGGCUUUCAUCUUCUCCUCAUCUUUCUUCAUUCCCUUUUAUAGCUCUUGCUCUCUUUACCGGUUCUUCCGGUACCCGAUCUCUCUUCUCUCUCCUUCUCUCUCUGUGCUUGGUUCCUGAGAAAACUACACUCAGAGGAAAAUAAAUUAAUAGCUUAUUCCUGGAUUUUCUCGAGCAAAACUCGAGCUUUUGUCUUGUUCUAGUAUUUCAUUGAUACCAGUCAAAUAAAAAAUCUGCUAAAAGGGGUUUCUUAUAACUGCCCAUUAUCCAAAACAGAGUGAUUUCAGCCAAACAAGGACUUAUUGAGAAUGGCAUCGGUGUUUCUGUACCAUGUGGUGGGGGAUCUGACGGUGGGGAAGCCAGAGAUGGUGGAGUUUCUGGAGACCGAGACGGUGGAAUCUGCCAUAUGUGCUAUUGGAGAGUCUACUGAAGGUGGAAUACCUGUGUGGAAGAGGAGAUCAUCACAGCAUGUUGGUGUGUUUGAGAAUGGGGAGAUGAGGCAACAGAGGUUUGUGGGUAUUCUUAAUUCUCUUGACAUUGUUGCAUUCUUGGCAAGGAGUGAGUGUUUGGAGGAUCAGGACAAAGCCAUGAAGACCCCUGUUUCUGAGGUUGUUGUGCCUAAUAAUACCUUGUUGAGGCAGGUUGAUCCUGGGACAAGAUUGAUUGACGCACUGGAGAUGAUGAAGCAAGGUGUGAAGCGUCUUCUUGUUGCGAAAAGUGUAGUAUGGAAAGGCAUGAGCAAGCGAUUCUCUAUUCUCUACAAUGGUAAGUGGCUCAAGAAUAUUGAUACUGCUACUGGUAGCUGUAAUAACCUCAGUGCAAACACCAAUCGGCCUUCCUCGUCUUCCACCCCCGUUCGUGAUAAGUUUUGCUGUCUCUCAAGAGAAGAUGUCAUUCGUUUCCUUAUUGGUUGCCUUGGUGCUCUCGCUCCUCUCCCUCUCUCCUCCAUCUCCUCUCUUGGAGUCAUUAACCCAAACUACUACUCUAUUGAAGCCUCCCUGCCAGCCAUUGAAGCAAUUCAAAAACUUCCCAAAGACCCCAGUGCAGUUGCUGUUGUGGAGCGCAUGCCAGAUGGUCAGUAUAAGAUCAUUGGGGAUAUUUCUGCCACAAAACUAUGGAAAUGUGAUUACUUAGCAGCAGCAUGGGCUUUAGCCAAUCUUUCAGCUGGACAGUUUGUGAUGGGAGUUGAAGAUAAUGUGAGCUCAAGGUCAUUGCCUGAUUUUGAUGUAAAUUCAACAGUUGGCGGCGAUAGCAAGUUAGGUAACGGAGGUGGUGGGUCAGCAAGAUUGAAGAAAUUCAGUAGUAGGAGUAUUGGGUUCUUUAGCAACAAUACUAGCCCCGGUUUUGGUGUCAGUAGGAGCAUAUAUAGGGGCAGAAGUGCACCCUUGACAUGUAAGGUUACCAGUUCAUUGGCUGCAGUCAUGGCUCAGAUGCUGUCUCACAGGGCUACUCAUGUUUGGGUGAUUGAGGAUGAAAGUGAUGAUGUUUUAGUUGGGGUGUUGGGUUAUGCCGACAUUUUGGUUGCAGUGACCAAACUGCCUGCUGCACCUAUUCCUUCCAAUCGGUCAUCUGAGGCAUUUGGCAGUGAAAUUCAAACUUGAAACUUGAAUUCUUUAAUUUAUUAUUAUUAUUAUUAUUAUUAUUAUUAUUUCAUAGUAGUUGUAUUCUCAGCAAUAGUGUCCCUUUUGUAAUUGUCCUCUCAGGAUGUCUGAGACUUGGGCUUGCGAGACUCGUAUGUUUGUCAAGAUUUUGUAUAAUUUUGUUGUGAAAAAUGAAAAUGUAAUAGUUUAU